CGGAAUUCAGCUAUAAAAUCCCCGGAGCUGCUGGGACUCAGAUUCUUCCUAGAACUGCAGUAUGUUUUCCUUGAUGCCUCGGACCCUCCUCCUGCUACUCGCAGGGGCCUUGACCCUAACCCAGACUCAGGCGGGCUCGCACUCCAUGAGAUUUCUCCACACCACCGUGUCCCGGGCUGGCCUGGGGGAGCCGCGCUUCACUGCCGUGGGCUACGUGGACGACACGCAAUGCGGGCGCUUCGACAGCGACGCCGCGAGUCCCAGGGCCGAGCCUCGGGAGCCGUGGGGGCGGCAGGUGGAGCCCGGGUUCUGGGACACGCAAACGCAGAUCUUGAAGGGCGAAAUGCUAAGUUACCUCGAGGUCCUGAACUCCCUGCGCAUCUACUACAACCAGAGCGAGGCCGGGUCUCACACACUCCAGUCUAUGUUCGGCUGCGAAGUGGGGCCGGAUGGGCGCUUCCUCCGGGGAUACAGUCAGUACGCAUACGAUGGCGCCGACUACCUUGCCCUAAAUGAGCACCUGCACUCCUGGACCGCGGUGGACACCAGGCCUAACAUCUGGAAGCCCGAGUGGGAUGGGGAGCAGUGCACGUCCUUCUUGGAGGGCGAGUGCGUGGAGUGGCUCCGUGGGUUCCUGGAGAUGGGGAAGGAGACCCUGCAGCGCGUAGAGCCUCCUGCUCAGCCCACCAUGCUCAUAGUGGGAGUAGUUGCUGGCCUGGUCCUCGGAGCUGUGGUCACAGCAGCUGUGGUUGCAUUUGUGAUGAGGAAGAGGAAGAGGAAGAGCUCAGUUAAUAAUGGAAGGAGGUAUGCUGAGUCUACAGCCACACCGCCUUGGGCUCUGACCAGAUCCUGUUUUAUUCCAACCCAGGCAGCGACAGCGCCCAGGAUUCUGAUACGUCUCUCACAGCUUCUACAGCAUGAGACAUCCCUUGUGUGGCACUGCGUGACGCAAGCUUUGUUCAAAUCCCGCCCAAUCCGAGCAUGGAUUUUUUUUUUUUUUUUGACAGGCAGAGUGGACAGUGAGAGAGAGAGACAGAGAGAGAAAGGUCUUCCUUUGCCGUUGGUUCACCCUCCAAUGGCCGCCGCUGCAGCCGGCGCACCGCACUGAUCCAAUGGCAGGAACCAGGAUCCAGGUGCUUUUCCUGGUCUCCCAUGGGGUGCAGAGCCCAAGCACCCGGGCCAUCCUCCACUGCACUCCCUGGCCAUAGCAGAGAGCUGGCCUGGAAGAGGGGCAACCGGGACAGAAUCCGGCGCCCCGACCGGGACUAGAACCCGGUGUGCCGGCGCCGCAAGGUGGAGGAUUAGCCUAUUGAGCCACGGCGCCGGCCGAGCAUGGACUUUAAGAGCUCCUGACUUCUCCUUCUCAGCUUGUAUCUGAAUGUGUCGGUGUGACAGUGCUCCUGUUGGCAUGAAGUAGGAUGCUGGGAUGCUGGCCUUGCAUGCCCACCAAAGCCUCCCCAACACUGACCUGUAUUCUCUUCCCAACCAACUUCCUGUUCCAGCUACAUGGGGCUGGGAUGUCUCCAUCGUUUUAACUAUGAACUGCAACAUUGGACUUCAACUUCUUACUUCCCUAUUGGGAGUAAGAGUCUGGAUAUAAAUAUCCUUUUAAAAUUCUCUCCUGAAAAGUUGAUGGAUUAAUGAAAGGAUAAGAAGAGCCUUCGAAUUUUAGAGGUGAAACAAAUGGAAGAAGACCAGAGCACCUCUGGGAUCCAUGUGUUUGCUAUGCUGAGUCUGUUACAGGCUGGGACAGAAACUAAGGACUCUUGAGGAGGGGCCCAGUGUUGUGCAGCCGGGCCCAGUUAUGCUCACUCCAUCGUGGACUUUGACAUAAUCGCUUUGUAGCUGGCUCCUGGUUUCAGCCUGUUCCAGCCAGCACUGUUGCUGCCAAUCGAGUAGUGAAGCAGUGAAUGGAAAAAUAUCUCUCUCUCCUCAUCUUUCUAAUAAAUAUUUAUUUAUUUAAAAAUGA